UUAAGUAAACACCACUUUAAUAGAAAAAAGUGGGACCCACAUGUCUAGACUGGAAGUUGGUCCCACUUGUGAUCGAUGCUAGCGAACCUGCACGAGGACCACGCGAUGGUCGGACGCGUAAUCUGGCAGGAGUGACAGCUGGCACGCCACAUCAGCACUGAAGAAAUCAACUGGAGGCCAUUCGUUGAGCACUGAAGAAGUCUACUUAUAAAAACUGGAGGUACCCUUUUGUAGCAUUCGACUCUGGCGUUGCGAGUUGCGAGCAACGGACGGUGCGAGAGAUGUCUAAGCGUACGACCCCACCCAGCCACCUAGGCGACCACCAAGCGCACCGCCAGGAACAAGAGGACGCCAUCAUGGUCCGGGCCUUCCAGCAAGUAAUCAGUGGGGCGAGCUGCAGCCCAGAUGAGCUGGAGCCCGCACCCUCUGAGACCUGCGGUGGGAGUUCCUCCUUACCAGUAGAACCCACAGCGGACCCAAGUCCACAAGCUUCGAGCUCAAGCAAGAGGAGGAAGUACAGGGGAGUGAGACAGAGGCCAUGGGGGAAAUGGGCAGCCGAGAUUCGAGACCCCCACAGAGGCAUAAGGGUAUGGCUGGGGACUUUCGAGACAGCGGAGGAGGCGGCCAGGGCUUACGAUGCAAAGGCUGUGGAGUACAGAGGACCUCGUGCUAACCUCAAUUUCCCCGAUGACGCUCUACUGCUUUACCAGGCAGCGUCACCUAUCCCUCGAGCUCCAGAGAAAUCCAAUUAUCAAUUCGAAAGCCAGCCUUACCAACCGCAUCAACAAAGUACUGAAUUACAGGAAGUAGGAAGCACAUCUGGAUCCAUUUCUUCACAGGUCGAUGCGCGAGAGCAAGUAAAUGUGCAGUAUCGGCAAACUGUGCAGACCAGCGAUUACCCCGUAUGGGACAUGGUGCCCAAUUCGAGUAGUUGUGAGCAUUACUAUAGUACCUAUGAAUCCUUCUCUACAGAGUGUGAAGUUUAUGACUCCCUUUCAGAACCAUUGCCACAACAGAACCAAACUGAAGGAUUACCGGUAUCGUUUGCUACAAUUCCUCUGGAUCAAGACUGGUCUUUUACUAAUCCUUUGGAUGAGUUUCCUUUUGUUGCAACCACUAGGCCACCAGAUCACAUUCCUUGAUUGUGAAAACAUUGAUCCUUUUAGCUCAAGUAAGCCAAGUAUGAGAAGCCGAAGCAGCAAUCGGCUUGUGUUUUAGAAGUAGAGACAGAAAAUUAGAGCAAGAUCCCUAAGAAGGGUUAUUUUGUAGUUUAGAACUAGAGAGAGAAAAUUAGAGCAAGAACCUAGUGGUAGAGAGAGAGUUAGAGCAAGAAGCAGAGAAGAAAUUCGUUUUUCGUUUUGAAGUAGAGAGAAAAAUUUUGUUCAUUUGUUGGAGGAAAUCUGAGUUUUAACAUGCUUCUUCUGAAACUUUCUGAAUUUGAUUGAAUAGCGUGUGAAAUAAAAAAAAAAAUGUUUAUUUUUGCUUUGUGUUUUUGACGUUUGAUUCAUGGUGGAAAAAUGGCUGUAAUGUUAGUGGGUUUUUUGAGCGAGAUUUUGGCGGGAGGGGCGUGGUUUCCUUUGACACGUCAGAUAGAUAUAGUGGGCCAUGUCCGAGCCACGUGUCGGUUUUCUUUCCUUUCUCAACCGGGAAACGUAGGCGCAAUGGAGUAAGGGAGGACAAAAUUGGGAUUGUAGCAUUUCUCAGGGGUGGAGGUUUUGUUCACACGCUUUACUCAUCGCAAUCUUCAGCGCGUACGACUUGACACAGUAACUCCGCUACUGCACACUGUCUUUUCAAGUGCGCGAGUUCCACGUGGCAUUGGGAGAUUUGGUGAUGUCAUGCUUUCUAGUCAAGUGAAGAUAUAGUCCCACGUGGUUUUAUAUGUUGAUGCAUUAUUUCUGGCUUUCAAUAUA